GGUGUAAAGCAAAAGCUGAGAUUGCAGACAGCAGAUUACACAGGUGACAGACGCUGCCUCUUGUAAGAGUUUUAUUUGCACCCUGCCCAGAGCUCUCAGUCAAGGUGAAAAUACAAAAUGAGCACAUCCUAUACAAUAGAAGAGAGCAAAAAGAAGACGUCUCUCUUGAAGGACAACAGUUGGAUCAAAAGAGAUGAGGAAGAGGAUGAAGCCAUAGACCGGGACCCAAACUUUGGGAGGUCUGUUUUGGGUCGAUACAAAACAACUGAAACUGUUGUGAGUUCUGAGCCAUCACAGUCAACAAGCACUUCAAGCACCUCAAAGGUUUCAAACAGCACAGUUGAAGCUCUGACCAAGAGAUUUAAUCAAGAUAAACUGAAUUCCAGUACCAGCCCUACCAAAACCUCUUACACCAGGAAUACUUACUCAUCUGUUACAUCUCCCAAAAGUACAACAACAACAACUACCUUAACAGAAAAUGGCAAAACCACCGAGACUACUCUUACCACCACCACUCAAAAGACAUCUUCCAAAACUAACACUUUCACGGACCGAGUGUUUUCCGACAGAACAAAGGGGUCAACUUACACAAGCUAUUCCCCAAACAAAAAAACUACAGUAACUGAGACAACCAUCGCCACCAGUGGCUCCAAUGCUGCUGAGGACAAUCUCUAUGACACACUUCUUCCUGACUCCAUCAAGAACACCCCAGACAGCAAAACAACUGUCUCCAAAACUGAGUUUGUGACUGUAAAAAGCUCAGCUGACACGGCAGAGGACAAGCUCUACGAUACUCUCAUUCCUUCAACAAUUAAGGACGAAAGCAAUAGAUUUAACACUGAGACUAGCAAGAGCAAUGGCCCAGAUAUUACUUCAACCACUACAAGAAUGUCAGCAGCUGAAGAUCAGUUGUAUGAUAAUCUGAUGACAAACAACACGUCAGACCCAUCCACCAGCUCCAGUAUUACAAAGAGAGAGAACUAUUCAGUGAGCAGCAGCGGAGGUGACAGCCCAAGUUAUUCAUACACCACCCGCACCAGCAGCUACAGCUCGUACUCCAAACCAGACAGCAGUUACGAGUACACCAGCAUCACUAGCCCCAGCAGCUACAGUUCUAAAACAUAUACAACCACAAGGAGUGAUGACAAUUUGGGUGAAAACUUCUCCAGAUCCUCCAGUAAAAGUUUAUACACUUCAUCUGAUAGGACAGUGCUAGAGAAAGAUCUGUGCAGCCAAUGCCGUAAACCCUUCACUGGGGAUGCAAAGAUUAUCCUGGAUGACAUGAAGAUCAACUGCCAUGCUUCCUGCUUCAAAUGUGAAGUGUGCAACAGCACUCUGGGUCAUCUGAAGGCUGGGGACAGCAUGUGGAUCUACAAACACAUGGUGCACUGCGAGAGAUGCUUUGAGGUCACCAGAGAUAAAUGGAGGCGUUAACCUGUAUAAUAAAGGUCUUACAUGAAGAAAACAUGAACUUACAUUUAAUGAUAAUUUAUGUUAUUUUCAAGGAGGGAAUGGGGUAUCCUAUGUAUCCUGUGUGUCAUUACAUAUACUUUGGUUACAUUAGCUCUUUGAUUACCAGUCUUUUCUUUGUUGCAUGUAAAGCAAUAUUUUGGGCCGGGGGCUUUUUCUGUGUGCAAUAUUUAGUCUGCUUAAAAAUAGGCUUGCUUAGUGAUUAUAGAAUAAUUGUAUAGGCUGGGUAUUUUUAUUUUUUUCAAGUGAUGCAUCAUAUUUGAUUUGCCUGUUUUACAUUGUGUCUUUUGGAAGCGGCUUUUGAGGGUAAAAUAAAAGAUCCAAUAUUGAAACGUGGGUGCACGAUUAUUGUAUUUAAUUUAGUCCUUGCACUGGGGGCGUAUGAAUAAAACGUUAA